GUGUGUAUAGUUUUGCGCGCAGUUGUAACGAGGUCUCAGGUUUUAACCUCCGGUCGAGUGAGGAGAUGAUGGCGACGGCGCUCACUUCUCCGGCAAAAUUGAGGGCUUUCGACCCCUUAAGACCUUUUCAGGUCGGUUUCUCCGUCCUGGUUCCCAACCCCACGUAUCCCAUUUCAUCUUCGAGAGCUUCUCCGAUCAACGGAAGGCUCGGAGGCGCGACGAUUCGCUCGCUCCGCCCGGUGAUUAUAGCCCAUUCCUCUCCAGCAAAAUAUACUCCGGACGCUAAAUUUUACAAGAUAGAAGCGAUUAUGAGGUCAUGGAGAGUUCCUCAUGUUUCAUCGGGUUUGCUGCAAAUGGGAAUUCGGGGAGUUACAGUUUCUGACGUUCGAGGUUUUGGGGCACAAGGUGGCUCAACAGAGAGGCAUGGUGGUUCUGAGUUUUCAGAAAACAGCUUCAUAGCUAAAGUUAAAAUGGAGAUAGUGGUGUGCAAAGAUCAGGUUGAAGCUGUACUUGAGAAAAUAAUUGAAGAAACAAGAACAGGAGAAAUUGGUGAUGGCAAGAUUUUCUUGGUACCUGUUGCCGACAUAAUAAGGAUUCGUACUGGUGAGCGUGGAGAGAAGGCUGAAAGAAUGGAUGGUGGACUAGUAGACAUGAUACCUACUUGACAAUUUUAUGUUGUUGAAAGAUUAUGAAGGAAUGGUUAUGCACUUUGAUCGAGGAGCCAAUUCAUCAGAUGCUGAAGAUACAAGGCUGCAAUUGCAUUUUUGCUACUUUGCAGUGAGCUCAACAUGGACAUCAGUUUUCUUUGAGUUCAUCUUUUCCCUUUAAACUAGUGCCACUUGGAAUUAAUUAGAUAUGCAUUUGUUUAUGCUUUCUGAAAGUAACAUGCUUGAUUAAUGGAGAGCUUAUUACCAUGCA